AGUGUUGUAAUGAAAUCAUUGAUCUGUUGCUGCUGGUUCGUAGCUAGUCAAUCUCUCUUUGCAGGAGCUACUUGAUAAGCAGUUGUAGUAGCAGCAUAAAUAUUACCAGUCAGGCUAGAACUACUGUUACACCUCCAUAUAUAAGUAGUAAAACAGAAACAAUGACAAGAUAAUAUUGGUCAUCAUGGUUUGUUUCUGAAGUACUGAGAACAAACAAAAACACCCAGCAUAGCUGUUAGUUUGAUUUUUUUUUUUUCCCCCUUCUUUGCUGCUCUCCCUGUUGCUAUUGACUAAACUGAUUCCGUAGUCACAGCUAUCUCAGAAACUACUCUGCCCCCUCUUGCUUUCCUUCUCUUCUGCUAAGGAGGAAGAUCAUAUUAGUGAAACAAGAAAACAGCUAACUAGAUAUUUUGUUUAUUGAAACAAAUUGCUAUCAUUCUUGUUUCUUCAAAAAUAAAAAAAUAAAGAGGCUGGACUUUAUUGCCUUAUUUCUUUGUUAAGAAUAUAUCUAAAUAGUCAAAUGUUCUGUAUAUUUAUUUAUGCAUAGCAUAAAUUAGCAUUGAAUAACUUGAAAAGAAUAUAUAUAGAUUUGGUCUUCCUAUUUACUGUACUUAGUACUCUGUAUUGAAUUUACUGCUGUAAUUUGUCUUUUUUCUGGCAUUUACUCUUAGAAUCUGCACAAAUUCUGUAUCUUUAUACAUAUUCAACACUAUCAUGUAUGAGCAUUAAUCUGAGGUUUAUUAGUUACAUAGUUGAAUACUUAGCAUAAAGAUUACUAGGAUACAUAUUUAUGUACACCAGUCUGGUUACAAUAGUGAACAAAAUAUCUGUGUGACAGCUGUUGUUUAGAUUGUUUAUCUUUCCAUUCAUUUGGAAUUAACUAACAUCAGUGUAUCAAGAAAUUGUGUAAGUCUUCACAUGGCUGCUACAAAGCCAUCCCGACUGUUUUUAUCUGGAGACCAUCCUGGAAAGUACCAGCCUUUCUACUUCAGCAAUGGAGAUACUGCCAAUGAGGAUAUGUACCAGCCAAAUGCUGCUUCUUCAGCCACCUAUAUGAAGUUUCUGCAUUUAGUUGAUACUCAGUUGUCAGAUGAUGAACCAAGUUCUUCACCACCACCACCAGCAACAAUGCAACAACAACCACCACAACCUCCAUCUUCAUUGUCUCUUGACAAUAAGCAAACAGAUGGAGACAAUUACUAUGAUCCUUUGAGCCCUCCUGCUUAUGAUACUGUCACUUCAAGGGACCCUGAAACUCCAGUCUACCAAGAUCCAGUUGAUAAAGAACGCCAAGAAAAGGAAUGGCAGGAAGAACUAAGCAAGAUAGAUGGAGAGAUCCUCACUUUGCGACAAGUACUGACUGCAAAAGUACGCCGAGCAACAGAAUUAAAACGAAAAUUGGGCAUUACACCAUUGCAGGAAUUCAAACAAGAUAUUCAGAGUGGAUUUCAACAACUCCGUGACAGUGGAACGGGAGGUGGUGCUUCUUCAAUCUUGGCGGGUGCUUCUUCAAGUGAUUUAUACCAGAAGACAUCUGCUGCUAUGAAGACUGCUUCUGAGAAAACUACAUCUGCCAUUUCAGUCCUUGGUGCUUCAGUAAGCAAAAAAUUUGAUGAAAUGAGAAAUUCUCAGACAUUCAAGACAGUGGAAGAACGAGUGGAGAAUGCUUACACUAAUGUAAAGACUUCAAAGUCAAUUGAGAAUUUAAAAGAUAAAUUGGGUGCCACUGAGGUGAAGUCAUCAGAAGAGAUUUCAGCAAGUUCUCGAGUGAAAGGUAGCAAAUCCAACCAGAGCCUCAAUGAAAGUUUCCAAGCAUCCAGUGAACCAAGUACUCCACGAUCAGAGGACAAUCCUCCUCUGCCCGAAGAAAAGGUGCCCCUGUAGACAUUGAACUUCAAUAGCAGAGCUUUUUAUUUCCAUGAACAUUUUACUUUUUCUUCCUCCUCUGUAUUCCUAUUACAGCUGGUUUUAUUCCAGUCUAUUUCUCAAAACUUUUCUUUUUCUUUUUGGUGGGACAAUUGCUUCCAGUUCACUAACCAAGAUGAAAGCUUUGGUUGUAUCAUGCAAUAUGACUGAAGAUAUGUUUAACAAAAAAAUAUUUUAAAUAGUUUUAACUCCAUCCCUAAAGAAAAUCAAAUUUAAAAAAGAACAUGACAUAUUUCCCAAUAUUUCAUUUAGCUAGUUUUAGUGAUCAUUAAAAAAAAAACAUAUAGAUACAUAUAAUAAUACUACUACUAAUAAUAAUAAUUAUAAUUUUUUUUUUAUCAUUCUCCCAUAUAAUCUCUUUAGCCUUUUCUUGUGACGGAUUAACUUUUUAGCAUAUUUAUGCUGAUGAACAUAUCUUUCUUGGCAGUUUUGCAACACUGACCCUCUUUUCCUAGACUUAAUGUCUUGGUAUGAUUGUAAAUUGUCUGUUUAUGUAGGGCUGUGUAUAGCAAAAGGCAUAAAUAGUUGCCACUGGAGUUUACCUCUGGCUCCAAAACACUUUACUAACCAUUGCUCUGUGCUAACACAUUAAGUCAGCUUAUUGAUGAAGGAUGAAGGAUGAAACUUCAAUUUAGAUACUGUUGAUGAUGGUGAUAAUUUUCAUGACAAUGGUAAUGAGUAUUAUGAUAAUGAUGGGUGUUGAUGAAAAUGAUGAAGGUGAUGAUAAUAAAUGGUAGAAAAUGA